UUCCGCAUGUCCCCCGAGGUGCCCUGCUGCAGGUACUGCGCAGCCUUGCGCCCGCUGUAAUCGCGGAUGUCCACGUCGGCGUCGUAGGCUCCCACCAGCAGCUUCACGACCUCGGCGUGGCCGUGCAUGGCGGCGAUGUGCAGCGCCGUGUGCCCGCCGCUCGUGCGGGCGUUGAUGUCCACGGGCAGCCCGUGCCGCUGGGCGAAGUUGACCAGCGUGGCCAGCAGCUCCUGCCGCCCGUGCUUGGCGGCCCAGUGCAGCACGGUGAAGCCGGUGAUAAAGUCCCGCUUGCAGAGCAGGGCCGGCUCGCAGCUCAGCAGCCCCUCCAAGCUCUCCCACCGCCCGUCCGAGGCCGAUAGCAUCCAGGCGUGCUCCAGGGGGUCCAGUGCCACGGAGCCGGUGGUGCUCCCCUCCUCCUCGGCGGAGGACGAGGCCACCGAGGCGCUGUCCGAGUCGCGGCCGCGGCCCCCGCCGGGGAGGGCGCCGCGUUUCAGCUGGGGGGAGCUGCCCCGCGCCGCCUCCCGCAGGCUCCGCCGGCCGCCGCCCUGCGCCGCCGCCCCGGCCGUUCCCUCCUCGUCCGUCGCCGGGGGCCGCCCCGGGCCCGUCGCUAUCGCGGUCUCCUCGCCUCCGCCGCCGCCUUCGCCGCGCCCGGGCGGUGGCUCCCGCCGAGAGCCCCUCCGCUGGCUUCCAGCCACCGCCGGGCUCGGCUGGGGCGGCUCGCCCCGCUGCCCCGGGGGCUGCGGGCGGCUGCCGGCAUCCUCGCCUGUUGCCGGCGGCGUCUCCUCAGCGCCAGCCCGCGGGGAGGGCGGCGGGCUCAGCUGCUUCGCGCUGUUCCCCGCCGCCGGCUCCUGCUCCCCGGGGGUCGGAGGGGCGGCGGCGGGGGGCUCGGGGGCGCAGUACCGGCGGCGGAGGUGCACGUACUUGACGCCGGUGCCGGGCUCCUGGCGCACGGUGGCCACUGCGUUGACCAGCUCCUUGAAGCGAUGCCGGACGGCGGCGCGGCGGGAGGGCUCCGCGGGGUUCAGCCAGUCCCGGAAAUGCUCCAGCAGCUCCGCGUUGCGCGCCCGCCCGCCCCGCGCCGCCAGGAACCGCACCACUGACUCCUGCUGCAGCUCCGCCGGCUCCGCCAUCGCCGCCGCUACCCCAUCGCGCCGCGGCGCUCCUGCUACUGCCGCCGCUGGUGAUGGUGGUGGCAGUGGCGGUGCGGGCGCGGUAGAGCCGCCGCUGCCCGAGCCCCUCCUCCCGGCGGCAGCAUGCCCGGCAAUCACUGCCGCGGCGGCGGCACCGCGCCGCCCUCCGGCCGGGAGGCGCCCGCCAACAGUGCCCGCCCCCGGCGGCGGAGCCGCGGCCGCGGCCCCUCCCCGCGCUCCUCCCCGCCGCGUGGCUCUCCCCUUCGGCGGCAGUUUUGGUUGCGUCCUUCUCUCCCGGCUCUACUCCAUCCUUGUGUGUCUCUCUGGCGGGGCUAUGGCCGCUUCCGAUGCCGACGGGCACCUGCAAAAUGUUGGCUGUCGAACUUUGUCCUUGUCUGCGCAUGUUGGGUUUGAUAGCUUACCUGACCAACUGAUUAAAAAAUCCAUCAAGCAUGGCUUCUGCUUCAACAUUCUUUGCAUUGGGGAAACUGGAAUUGGGAAAUCAGCCUUGGUGAGCAGUUUGUUUAACACUGAUUUUAAGGACUCUCCAUCAACACAUUUUCUGUCAAGUGUGCGACUUAGAGCCCAGACUUUUGAACUCCAAGAAAGUAAUGUUCUUUUGAAGCUGACAGUUGUAAAAACAGUGGGAUUUGGUGACCAGGUGAACAAAGCAGAUACCUAUCAGCCAAUAGUGGAUUAUGUAGAUGCACAAUUUGAAGCCUAUCUCGAGGAAGAACUGAAAGUUAUACGUUCUUUAUUUAGCUACCAUGAUACUCGCAUCCAUGUCUGCCUCUAUUUCAUUUCACCUACAGCCCGUUCUCUAAAAACCAUAGAUUUGUUAACUAUGAGAAGCCUAGACAGUAAGGUGAACAUUAUACCAGUUAUAGGCAAAGCAGACAGCAUUUCUAAAGCUGAGCUACAAGAGUUCAAGAAGAAAAUAAUGAGUGAAUUGGUAAGCAAUGGCAUCCAGAUAUACCAGUUUCCUACUGAUGAUGAAACUGUUUCUGAGAUUAAUACCAUCACAAAUGGUUAUUUGCCAUUUGCUGUGGUAGGAAGUAUGGAGAAGGUGAAAAUUGGAGACAAAAUGGUGAGAGCUCGUCAAUAUCCUUGGGGCAUUGUAAAAGUGGAAAAUGAGAACCACUGUGACACUAUAAAGCUUCGCAGGAUGCUUUGCACAAAUAUGGAAGACUUAAAGGAGAAGACUCGUGAAUAUUAUGAGUCGUACAGACGCUGCAGGCUGGAAAAGUUGGGUUGCAGAGACCUUGGCCCUGAGAACAAACCAGUCAGUCUACAGGAAGUCAUUGAGACACAGAGGCUCGAGUUCUGCCUUGAAGUGGAAAGAAAAGAAGAGGAGAUUAAGCAACGAUUUGUGCAGAGAGUGAAGGAGAAAGCAGCAAUGUUGGAAGAGGCAGAGCAACAAGCAAGCAUGCCUGUACUGACUAAAUUUGAACGUCUUACACUAAUGCAUCAAGAAGAGGAGCUGAAAUUAGGGGAAGAGAAAAAACGUCUAGAAGAUGAAAUAGCUCAGUUUGUUGAAAAGAAGGCUAUCACUGAAUCGAUUCAGUCACAAGUAUCUGUCUCUACCCCUAGUGUUAGUUUGAAGAAAAAAGGACUGCGAAAAAACCAGGAUUUUCAACUUGAAGUCCAAUGCUUUCAUAUCAGAGAUGAAGGAACUAUGAAUGAUGGAGAGCAGAGCGAGAGGGAGAGUGAGAAGGAGGAGUUAGAGAGAGAAAUUCACCCAGGAAAUUUCAGGAAUAGUAUUUGAUUGCAGCACUCAGGUUUUGAAUGGUAGGGUAUGUUAGCAGUUUUAUGAAGUGGUCUAACUGCUGUUGGCCCAUAUUAGAUGUGUCUUCCUAGUACAGGUUUUUGAGAGAAGAGAUUGAUAAAAUUGGCUGUAAAAACACGAAAUGCAGAAUAUGACCCAAUAAAGAUUUCACUUUCUCCCACCCCAUACACUUCUUUCUUUCACUACUCUCAAAAUAAAAACUUGAAUAAAUUGUGAAAACAGAGAAAUACUUUCAAAAGUAGUGUCCAGAAUAACAUGCUCAACUGAUUUAUAUUAAAAGCAUUGAAUUAAAUAUUAAUAUAUUAAAUGAAAUUGACUUAAAUGUUUUUCUCCUCCAAAACCAGAAGUCAAUUAACUUAUUAAUUUUCUUUCCUGAUAAUUUAAAAAUUUACUGCAGAUAACAUUUUGUUAAUUAAUAGCUUCCUGCAGUUGAAAACAGAUUUCUUGGUUAUGAAUUUAUUUAGAACUACUAUAUUCUGAAGAACUUUAGAAGCUUACAUUGGUGCACAUAUCUCUACAGAUAUCAUCAAGCUUUGACAUUUUUGGGGUGUAUGCUAGAAGCCUAAUUUGGACAAAGUUUAUUGCAUUUCAACUACUGUUAUCAAAUUCCAUUUCCUAGAUUCCUUUCUUUCUGGAUUUGCAUAUGAAAGUGGAAUUCUUGGUUACAGAAGUCAUUAUCUGCACUACUACGAGUAACUCCUCUGGUUUAGUUUUAUUUCUUCAGAGUAUGCUGCUAAAUUUAUAUCCUUGCUGUGGUUUUUCAGUUCCAGCUUUAUGUAGUACUGAUGACAGAAGACACAAUACUGGUAAUUUCUCAUGAGGAAGCAGUGAUUCAUGGUGUACUCUUGAAGGUAUAGGAGUUCCAGUUUCUCUAAUAUCUCUUGUUGCUGUAUUCUGCAAAAGAAUCAUUUUUAAGCAUGGUCUGUAUGCACACAGUGUGGUGGUUAUUGUCAUUGUUGUCACGGGGUUUCUGUUACAGCUCUGCCUUGAUAUAUAUUUGCCUUACAUAAGUGUGGUCAGUUUGCUUUAAUUUUAAAUGCAUUGUGCCAAAGAAGGUGUCUCUGCCACAAACAGUUCUAUUCAGACUAUGAACAGUGUAGUACAAAAGUAUUCUGUGAAUAUAUCCACUGCAAGCUUCCUGAAGAGUUCUUUUCAAAUGGUAUUGUUUAUUAGUCCACUAAGUGUUAUUUAAUACAACUACUGACAUAUUUGAACCAUCUACUGAUUUUGCUGAUAGAUUUUUGCUUAUAGGCUUUUAUGUACAAGCAGUGUUCUAAAUUUCAGAUACAGUCUUUUUAAUCAAAAUUUACUGAGAUAUCUUUGCAAUGCUGUACUGUUGCCGGAUAGUUAAUCUGGUAUUACUAACUCAGUAUGGAAAGUACCUAUAGUUGAUGGUUUUGAGUGUGGUAUUUAGUUACAGUUGAAGAUUUACAAAAACCCCAAGGUGGUUAAAACAAGUUCUAAGUGCUUUGUAUGUUUUCAGUAGUCAUGAUAACUAAUGGGAAACUAUAAGAGGUACAGUUCUCUGGAGUUGUGUUGUUUGACUGUUUAAAAAUUAAAUACUAACUUGACAGAAAUAAAAUAGAUUGGUUUUGCUUA